AUGCUCAGAUCGAUCACGUCAAGUUCCAUCAAGCAGGGACAGCGGUACUCGGCCAAAGCUUUUCAGCACCAGCAGGCGUCGGGCCCGCACCAGCCGCAGAGAUUUUUCACGAACUUCGUGGAGCAGCAGCAGCAGCCCGGCCUGGCCUUGCCCCAGCAGCAGGCCGCCCUGUACGCGGCGGACGGGCAGUCGGCCCGGAUGUUUUCGACCAUCCAGUCGCCUUCCGCGAUUCUCGGCGCGGCAGGCACCGCGGCCACCACGGGUGGCCCUGCAGCCACUGCGGGACCCGGAUCCCCAGCUAAGGCGGUGGCCCCCGGUGGCUCCACCGCGGGAAACGCGGCUACCGGGCGGCUGCUGAAAAUUUUCGACCAGUGCCUCAAGGAAAAUUCAACCUACGACUUGGCCACAGGCCGCAUUUCCGGCGGUGUGAACAAGUUCUGGGAUGCCGUCAGGCAGAUAAUCCCCAUUUAUAGGGAGUUGGCAUACGCGGGAGUGCUAAAAGAGAAGAGAAUGGCAGAAUUCGUCUCAUUGUUGAGAAAUGGGCUCCGAAUCCACCGUUUGGAACUUUCCAAGAUGAAGAAAAACUUGGACAAGGAUGCAAACAACCCAAUAAAGGACAUCCACCACUUGCUCACGUGUGCGAUCCGCGAGGUCUCGUACAACUUGCUUGACGGACUUGUUGUAAUGAAUUCGCACGGCCUUACUCAUCUUUUCAAGGCCUACAAGGACUUGGGAUUUACGUACGAGGCGGUGCACAUCUGGGAGACGGGAAAGAACAACCCGGACUUGCAUAAACUCUUCACUUCCGAGCCGGUUUUGGGAUCCAUCUUCCCAUUUUUGGUCGAGUCGGGAGACUUCGACUUUGAGGAAGUUUGGGACAUGUACAGCCAGAUCAAGGCGUCAAAGGCACCAAACGAGAAGCUCCACAACGAGUUGCAGGUGGGUAUGAUUCGCGUUUGCUUGUUUAAGGAGCGCACAAACUACGCAUUGCAGAUUUUCAAGCAGCUCACCGAGGAUGUGUACUCAACCUUCAACUCGAAGGGGGUCGAGCCUCCUAUCAACGUCAAGAGCUACAUGACGAUGGCCCACUUGUCGUUUAUUGGCUUUUGCAAGGAUAUCGACACUGCGGACUACUUUUUCAAGGAUGCCGUUUCCGAGUCGAUGCCAUACCUGACACCUUUGCAGCUCAACUUCAUCAAGAAGUACUUGGCAAACACCUGGCAGAUCACACACGACUACCAGAGGGUCAAACACAUCUGGUUGGUCACCUGGAAGCAUUAUGAGUCUCGCCACACUUCGAACUCGUCUGUUUCUUCUUCUUUGAACGACUCCUUCCUCUCGAUCUUCUUCAGUAAGUACCGCCACUUCUCGCCUGCUGCAUUCGGCGAGUUGCAGACUCUAGUUGCCGAUUACAGCAAGAUCCGGCCUGUGGAUGAACCAUUCAUCAAUGUUCUGCUUUCGAAAUCGACUUCGUGGCACAAUUCAGAGACUUUCCAGUACAUCUUGGCCACCGCCAACUCGCACCAGUUUUCCAAGACAAACGUGUUUUACAGAUGCUGCUUGAAGGCCACAGGUGCCGUUAAGAUCGAUCCCGACAGCAUUUUGUCUCUUUUCCGCCAGCUUUUGGCCACAAACGCUGCUUCCGGUAUGAAAUACAUUGCUCAUGCCGACUGGGUUGCACUCAGAGAUGCUACGGUGAACUCAUCGCAGCUUUUCUCGUUUGAAAACCCUGGCGAGAGAAUCGACUUGUACUUUAAGCUGUGGAAGCUUUGCUCGCCUUACUUUAUCUCCUUGGAGAACUUCAAGAAUUACAUCUACAAGGACAUCAAGUUGAACUACAACUAUUCUAGAAUUUACCAGCAAAUGCCUAACAUUCGUUCCGACGAUCUCCAUAUUCCCGAGAUCAGGUACAUGCGUAGGAACUCUGCCAUUGAGAACUACAUUGGCUAUGCUUACUGA